AUGGCUCUCACAGCAAUGCUCUCCCCUCCCCUCCUCUCCUCUCCCCCUCCCUUCUCCUCCUCCUUCCCCCUCCCGCCCCUCCUGCCCCCGAGUUGCGUGGGGUCCGAGGGGCGGGCGGGGAAGGGGAGGGUCAGCGCGACGCGGUGUAGAGAACGAACACUUACCGCGCUCGCGCGGGGACCUCCCGCGACUUUUGACGCCCCAAAUCGUCGAAAAUGCGCGGUACACGGACUUGCUGGUCCCGGCCCGGUGAUGAAGGAGGGGAGGGUGCGAGUACGUCCGACCGACUGCCCCGCGCUCGCGCGGGGAGCUCCAGGCGAUUUUGGUGACGGAAACCCCCAAUCCUGCGCUCGUGCAAUGCCGCGGGACACUGGUAAGCUUAUCGACGACGGCGGGAGUGAACAGAAAACUCACGUUGCGCUUGCUCGCACGAUCGCGCCCAUUACUGCUGGCCGAGAGGACGUCGGUGGCGCUCUUCCUGCCGAUCAGGCUCAUCCGGCGCGUCUCGAAGCGCUCGAAAGCGGGUGGGAUGGGUACGCUGUAGUACUCGAUGUAUGGCUCGACUUGAUGAAUACAGGCCUUGCUCGACUCGAAAGUGCGUGCUCGGCGAAUCUGUACGGCUCUGGCUCGUGCCACGCCGGAAUGAUCUCGUCCGCCUCGGCUACUUUGCUCUCGCGCGCUUCUCUCGGGCUCCGUCGACACUCGCUGGCGCUCCUCUUGGCCGUGUAUCGCCGUGACUGUCCUGCUUGCACGGUCUGCUCGCUCGGGCUUCAGGGCAACCCUCGGCUCCUCCUUGCUCGCUCCCGUGCUCUCGAACAUGCCCCGCCUCACUCGCACUGGUGUCGUCGCAUCUCGCCCCUUGUGAACAAGUUGCUGACCUCCACCUCAGGUAGCUGGCAUCAGAGAAAGAAUGAGGAAGCGUAG